AAUAAUUAUUAGAAAAAACUCAAACCCAUAUGCUAAGGCUGCUGAUUGAGUCAAUGGAGACUAUUCACACACUCAGAUAACAGAUAUUUGUACAAAUAUUUAGCUAAUAAAAGUAUUUCGGAGUAACCGUGAACACAUCCUCCUGAAGAGUUAUCUUUCCCUUCAUGACGCUGUCACUGAAAGAUAAAGACCGUCCAGUCAUCAGGAAGCUGUUGGCCGCUGGCUGCUGUGAACGAUGUGUCCUCAGGUUCUGUUGUGUGGGAAAGUAUUCUUCGUAUCAGCAGUCCUGUGAGGACAUACAUAAAGAACUUUUAGAGUUCCUCGGUAAGGGAGAUGGCGAGCAAUCCCAUGAUGCCUCGGGAGAUGCAGAGACGGCCGACCCGCCGUGUAAGAAAAUGAAGCUGGAAUCACCUCAGCCGUUGUCAGGAGAGAAUGCGAGCGCGGAGGGUGUGACCGAGCCGAAGGCGCGGUCAGGGGUGUGUGUGGUGUGUGUCGGGGUGCUGCAGCACUUCUGCAAUCAGAGUUACGCCAAACAGGUGUCCGAGGUUGUGAGAAAAGGCGAGUACCAGUUUGACAGUCUGAUGCUGGCGGUCUCUCUUCCUGCUCAGCUGUCUGUCCGAGAGCAUUCCUGCUGGUUGCACAUCAAGAAGGAAGUCAGGGAGAAGAACAUGUGUCUGGAUAAGGAGGACGUGGUUCAGGUGAAGGACGCCUUUAAGUGGGCCGUACAGGGAUUGGUGGGCAAAGAGCUGGGAGCGUCAGUACUCACUAAUAGUGCUUUUGAGGUCAGCGUAGGUUUUGCGCAUCCAGAAACAGACAGAGAUUGUCACUUCCUGGCAACAGAGUGUCCGGAUUGCUUUAAGCCGACCAAGAACAAAGCUUCUGUGUUCACUAGGAUGGCGGUGGUGAAAGCGCUGGACAAGAUCUCAGACGCAAAGUUCCUCAGACGUUACCCAUGUCCACCUGUCUCACCCUCCAGCCAGUGCACGCCACUGGAGACCACAUGCCUGCAUGCAUCGGUCUUUAUAGCAGGGAGGUAUAAUAAGUUCUCACGGGAGCUUCCUCAGACCCCAUGGGUGAUAGACGGAGAGAGACGCAUGGAAGGAUCGGUGGAGGAGUUGAUCGCCAAUCCUCUACUGUCUGCCUUCAAAGCAGACGGUUUUAACUUCUGCUCAUCUGGGAGAGAAGACGUAGAUGUACGGACUUUAGGAAACGGACGUCCGUUUGCCAUCGAGUUUCUGAAUCCACACAGAGCGAAGUUUAACAAAGCCGAAGUGAGACAACUUCAGGAGACGAUCAACACGUCCUCCGACAAAAUCCGAGUCCGAGACCUGCAGAUCGUAACCAGAGAAGCUACAAGUCGUAUGAAAGAAGGAGAAGAGGAAAAAACCAAGUCCUACAGCGCCCUCAUCUGGACGCAAAAGCCUAUAACACCAGCUGAUCUGGACUUUUUUGAAAACAUCAAGGAGCUGAAGAUUGAUCAGAAGACCCCACUCCGAGUCCUCCAUCGCAGGCCGCUUGCCAUCAGACAGAGACUCAUCCACUCCAUGAGCGCGAGCUAUCUGGAUACACAUCACUUCACACUUCAGCUGCGCACCCAGGCUGGGACCUAUAUUAAAGAGUUUGUGCACGGAGACUUUGGUCGGACGAAGCCCAACCUUGGUGCCCUCAUGGAGACAGAGGUGGAUAUCCUGGAGCUGGACGUGGAGUCGGUGGAUGUGGACUGGCCUCCUGCUGUACCCGAGUGAGCGACAGAAACCCAUCCUGAGGAAGUCCCUGGGGAAUUCCCUUCUCCAUACCAACUUCCGCACACCGUAUUUCCAUCGUGGAGCUCAGUACAACGUUGAUGAGGUUAACACGUGUCAACAUUAAGUCUUAGUACAUGUGGCAUACUGUGGAUAUGGUGUGGAUUUAAGUUUAAAAAUUGUAUAAAAUCAGUUAAAAAAAAAACCCCAAAAAGGCUAAAAACUUAACACCGACCAGAGAAGGUCCAGUGUCUGGUCUUUUAUUCAAACACCAAAUCAGCAUGACCAUUUCAGCCCUGUUUUCUGAAACAGAAGAGAUAAAAUACAAUGGUGGUGUCUUUCUUUUUAAUUCGUUGCUUCUGACCCUCAUUUUCAUCAUGUGUUGUAUAUUUUCUGUUAAUAAACCACCAAAA